AUGGGGGAGAGGGAGAGGGAGAUGAGGGUGGGGAUGGGGGUGGGGGGUUUUUGGUAUCCGGUGGGGUAUGACGUGGAGGCGGGUGCGGGAGGCGGUGGAGGCGGCGAUGUGGGUGGCGAUGGCGAUGCGGGCGGCGAAGGAGAUGGCGAUGGCGUGGGGCUGGCGAGGAGCGGCGAGGGGCUGUUGAGCGCGCCGCGCGCGGCGUCGUCUCCGUUUGGGCUGGAGCCCGGGAUGUGGAUCGCAAACCGCGUGCUUGGGAACGGGCUUGAGAGCGGGAACGAAGGCGGCGGCGGGCUGGUACCGCGGCCGUCGCUCUCGUACGCGUCUGCGCGCGCGUCGUCGUCUGGGCACAGUCACAGCCAUGCGUACGAGCAUGGAGGGCUGGCGCGCUCGCGAGAGAGCGGGGAGGAGGGCCGGCCGAAGUCGUCUAGCGCGAACUCGCACUCGCACUCGCACUCGCAUUCGCAUUCUCACUCGCACUCGCACUCGCAUUCGCACUCGCAUUCACAGGCGCACUCGGACGAGCGCAGGCUGAGGCAGAGCACGAGCCCGAGUGCGAGCGGGAGCGAGGCGGCGCUCCUCCGCGAUCGGGACCGUGAGCGCGACCGGGACCAGGCCCGAACGGGCUCGCCGUCGAAGCGGAUCCGCAAGCGCAGGCCGCCGUCCGAGCGCGGUCCGCCCCCCGCCAGCUACCCGUCCACAGCGCGCCCCUCGUCCUCCUCGUCCUCCGUCUCGAAAAGCAAGCGCAAGGGUAAGGACAGGGACAGGGGCGGGGACAAAGAGGGGGCGGCCGCGCGCACGAGCGCGGAGAGCGAGCGCAGCCGCCCGGGCAGCCCCGCCAGCGCGACGGGCACCGCCUUCCUCGCGCGCGGCUUGCGCUGGCGGCUGCGCGGCGGGAACACCGCCACCGCCGGCAGCGCGAGCGGGAGCACGAGCGGGCACGGGACGCGCGCGGCGUCGCCCAGCGAUGAGCGGCGAGCGGCGGCUGCGCUGCCUCCGCCCGUGCCUACCUUCUUCGAAGGGCCAGACGCGGCCCUGCGGCGCGUCGCGCGGGCGUCGGCGUCCGCCUUGGGUCCGCUGCCGAGCAUCGCGUAUCCGCCGCCUUCGCCGCCACCGCCAUCACUGCCGUUCACGCCGCCGUUCACUCCACCGUUCGCCCCGCCCCAUCCUGCGUUCUCUACCCAGCCGCCGCCGUCGCCCUCCGGGACGGCAUCGACGGGGACAGGCGUGGGAGUGGGCGGCGUGGUCACGGAGGGCUUGUUGCAUCCCAAGCUUGGGAUGCGGUUCGAGGCUGGGACAGCGAGCGUGGGGCAGUUGAGCGAGUUUAGCCUGAGGGACGACGUGGAUUAUUCGCGGCCUGUGUUUGCGAGGAUGUAUACGUCCGCGACGCUUGAUUCGGCGUCUUUGAUCGAUCGGGACGGGCAUUCUACGGAUCGGGAGACGAUCCUCGAGCGUGACCCCGCGCCGCCGCCAUAACCCUUCCACCGAUCUUUCGCGCUCCGCAGCAUACUCGUACGCCUGCCGUCCUCCGCCCUUAUAUCUGGGAUUUUUUUUCAGACGCUGCCUCUGCCGCGCGCUUAGAUGAUAAGUUGUGUUCGGUUUGGCUUUUCCUAUUCCCCUCGUUUUUUUUUGCAUAUACCCGCUCCCGCGAUCCGGCGGCUCAUACCUGUUUUCUCGACUCCAAAACGUCCGCCGUCUCGGCUACUCUGAUGGCGGUGCACACGCACCAUCUACCUCCUCGAUCAGUCCUCGACCGAACUCGACAUACACACUUGUUUGUUUGGUCCUCGUCGCACUGGAUCUUAAUUUGACGCCCGCUAACGAAUUCCCCUCCGUCUCGUUCUCGUCCUCGUCCUCGUUCUCAUCUUUAUUUUCCUUCUACUUCGUUUGAUUACUACGCACAUCACACGCCGAACGGCUCAGUCAUUAUCUACACACCUACAUGCAUACAUGUCCUCCAUACACGACGAACCCUGCAUGCGUCCCGCAUUGACCAUACUGAACCUUACAUAUACUUACACCACACACCUGCACACUUACACAACGCGCUUACACAUAUACAUGCACACGCACACUGACGCUGACGCUGACGUUCCCC